CGGAGUCGUUCCCCGACGGGCAGCGGGGCGCUCGGUCGCCGCGUCUGGGCUGAGCGCGGCGACGCUGCUGCCCCGAAAUCCUCCUGGAUCUUGAGGCGUAUGGAACCUCAAGGUCUUCAUGACAAUGGAAACCAAAAAAUUGAUUGGUAAAUCGCUUCAACCAGCAAGACCUGUUCGUCAUCUGACUUCUCCCCCAGGUGAGUAAUAUAAUGUACAGUUCUUUAAAUAUUAAUUUGUUAAUAGCUAUGAUUUGUAUGACCAAUGCAUCAGGUCUCCUGUUCAACAGUGUAAGACGAAUGGAAUGCAAACCUUUUCUCAAGGUCUUAAUGAACAACAGCAACAUCAGUCUCCAGUUAAAAAAGAGAGAAUUAAAUACAGCAGAGAUUUCCUGUUGAAGCUCUCAAGUGUUUCCAUCUGCAGAAAAAAACCAGACUUUCUGCCUGAUCAUCCCAUUGUACUUCAAAAGCCACUUGCUGGAAUGUGCCUGGUGUUGCAACUGUAA